AUGGGCCCAGUCAGCAUUCUCGGGCUCACAGCCAGCAUCAUUGCUUGUAUCCAAUUAGCCCAAGCUUUGUCUAAAAAAGUUGGACUAUCUGAACAUAAUCGAACUGAUCUAGAGCGUAUGCUAAAGACAUUGCGGAGAUUCCUUGCCUCAUACCAAGGUUUGAAGAAUAUAGCUGCGAUUGAUGAAAAAUGUCGGGAAAUCAUCAACGAAGUCCAACAAAGAUUAGAGGAGAAGAAUUUGUUUAAUCGAUGGGUUAGAGGGAGUUCUUGGGAUAUGAAAAUCAACAAAUGUUUGUCAAGGUUUGAUGAUAUCAGGGAGCAGUUUGAUAUUGCAAUUCAGUCUGAUCAACUACAAAUCAUUGCAGCAGUCGAGAAAUACGCCCAGCAGGCUCUGUGCGACACUCGAGAUAUCAAGAAAAAUGCGCAGAGAAUCGAAGACCAUAUCCGAGAUCUUAAAGACGAUGCUCGCGAUAUUAGACAUGAUAUCAGUCUUUUUAAUCAGAGCAUCAAUACAAAUCAUACAAACAUCGUCCAACAUACUCGAGAUGUUAAAGAUAGCAUGCAGGAUAUAAAAUGCACAAUCACUCAGCAAAGUUUGGAUUUCGAGUCUCAUGAAAAGAUGAAAGCCCGAGAAUCUAAGAAAAAGGAGGUUCUUCAAUGGUUGUCGACCGCAGACCCGAAAACAAACCAUGACUUGGCGCGAAAACGCUUUGAACCUGGCACCGGGUCAUGGUUUCUUCAAAGCAAUAAUUACCGCAGUUGGAAGACGAACGAUGAUUCUUUUCUUUGGGUUCAGGGUCUAUCAGGUUGCGGUAAAACAAUUCUGUGCUCAACAGUUGUUCAGGAUAUGACCGAUUAUUGUGCCAAUAAUUCUGACUGUUUCAUCGCAUACUACUACUUCUCUUUCAACGAAACCGAAAAACAAAAUGCCAAUAAUUUACUGCGCUCAAUUCUCACACAAUUCCUCGUCAAAUAUGACGCCGCGCUCGACGAUGCUUUAGCCAUCUACAACGACAAUCAAUCCACCGUUCCGCACCUAGAGACGCUGAAAGCCAUGCUAAAAGCCGUAUUUUCGAUGCCUGGAACCUUUUACCUAAUCUUAGAUGCAGUGGACGAAUGUCCUAGAGGUUACGAAGAAGGUAAUCGACAGGUUGUCUGUGAAUUACUGCGAGAGGUAUCCUCAUGGGCCUACAAAAGUUUACAUAUAUUCAUGACCAGUCGGAAGGAAGCGGACAUCAAAAAAAUUAUAGAUGAGAUACCCAAACUCUCAACUUUUCUUAUCAGAAAUGAAAAUGUCAACUCGGACACAUGCCAAUACGUCAAAACACAGUUGGAAAACGACACAAAAUUAAGAAAGUGGUCACCUGAGAUUAAGACUGAGAUAGCAAUAACAUUGGGAGACAGUGCUAAUGGAAUGUUCCUGUGGGUGACUUGUCAGCUCGAUGCCCUAAAAAGGUGCCCCACUCCAGCUAUGUUACGAAAGACUCUAAAGAGCCUGCCUCGAACUCUACAUGCUACAUACGAAAGGAUGCUUUCAAAUAUCCAUGAAGAUUACACAGACAUAGUCGUUGCUGCACUGAAGUGGCUGGUGAUUUGUCACGAGAAACUAACGAUCCGCGAAUUAGCUGAAGCUGUAGCGGCAGGAAUUGAUUCGAAAUCUUCGUUCAACAUCAAUAAUCGAUUCGGAAAUCCAGACGAACUCCUUGAAAUUUUAGGGAGUUUGGUUACCCUCAAUAACGACGACGGUAGACAUGAUGAGUUUUUAUAUCACCUUUCGGAGGUCACUGAUACUCACCACAGAGAAUAUGUCCAAUUGUCUCACUUCUCAGUUCGCGAGUAUCUGACAUCAACUCAUCUGAAUGUCACAUAUAUGAAUGGCUUUGGUGAACCCUCUCUACACCUAUUUGCUCUUGAAUGCUGCCUAAAUUACAUCGAUGGGCUCACUGCACAGAACAUCCAUGAAAUUAUAUGGAAGUACCCUUUCAACCACUGGCUAUCUCACGCGAGAGGUUGUUCAUAUCAAAACGGCAUGGAAACAGCGAGAUAUAUUGUCUCAUAUCUGGACUCGUACCAUUGGAGAGAGGCCUGGUUUGGCCAACGAGGCUGUGGUGAUUCUUUUGGUACCAACUUUUCGAAUGACAAAUGGGAGAAUGCGAAUGGUCCUGGCACAACGAUUUAUUACGCAACUUUUCUGAAGCUGGAACAUGUGGAAAGACUACUCAUUGAUGAAUACAACGCGACUGUUGACGUACCUCUGGAAGUUGGAGAAUGUCCUCCUCUCUGCGUUGCUAUUCAUUUUGAGAACGCGGCACUUGUGCGCCACUUUAUUCAUAUAGUUGAAGAUGGACAAAAGUACCUUAAAAGCUGUCAUAUUGCUUUGGAGCUUGCAAUAGAAAAAGGUGGUAACUUUUUAUUGAUGGUUCUCAUGGAAAUCCUCAGAUUAGGUGGGAAAAGUGGCCUCUUGAUGGGAGCCAAUUUCCUCGAUCAUCUAGAGCUGAUCGCAAACAAAUGCGAUUUAAUACUAAAAGACGAUGUUCAUGUCUGGUGGAAACCUUUCUCUUAUGCGCUUUUACAUCCUCACCAGAAAACGUCAGCGUUCUUUGUCAGGAGUGAACUUGGAAUACAGUCGGAAUGGCCCAUGAAGCCCGGAGAUUUUCCCACAGAAAUAGAAUUGAUCCUCCUUGCAGUUGCUAUAAGAAUGGACUCAAUGGAAAGAUUUCAACUCUUGUUCUAUCAUAUCCAAACCUUCGGUUGCCCCAAUUACCACCUCAUCUCAUCUCUGGCAGCUUUCGCACGAUGUGAUAACGAAGCGAAACUUCGCUUCAUUUUAGAGCGAGCGGUGGCUCACGAUCUUACUGAAACAGAUUUAUGCGAGUACAUCAUAUUUGAUGUAUUUAGGAAAAGAGAUGAGGUGGUUUUGAAACUACUCCUUGACAUUGGCAUGCAUCCUGAUCUCCUUUAUUGCAAAUCAUGGUUUUUGAAUACAGACGGCAGAAAACAUCUUCUUCAGCAAGCAGUGUACAUGAGAUGGAGAGCUGGCAUAUCUGUAUUGAUAGAACGGGGGGCAGAUGUGAAUUUUUGUGUGGGUGAUCUAUUUGAUACUACAUCAUUCGCUCGUUAUAGCCCCUUGAAAAUUCUAGUGUCGGGUAUGAAAGAUCCUGCUAUACCAUCUGAUUCCAGUGAGGAUAGUAGCGAGAAUGAUCACUUGAUCGAAGAGCUUCUUGUGACUGGAGGAGCUAGGAUAUGUGAAUACGACUGGAAAACAUUUUCUGAUGGGUCUACCGAUGGGGGUGUAUUCGGAGGUUCUGAUAUUGAGAUGGGUGACAAUAAAUGCGACGACGAAGGGACAGAUGAUUCAUUCGAAUCUGCAAAUUAA